UCUAUAUUUAUCUGCAAUUCUGCUUAUAUAGCUGAAAACAUCUCUGUGUUCUGCUGAAAUCACAUUCGUUCUUCUCUCUUCCAUCAAAAUGGGUUUAGGCAUGAGCCUCCUUGGAAAAGGGAUGCCAUCAGCGAAGAUGUUGGGGUUUUUAACAGAUACACUUUACAAGCAGUUUACUGAAAAACCUAUUGGAACUUUUGAGGAAUUCCAUCUUGCUAUUCUUGACAUUUUCAACUCAUUCAAUUCAGCUUUGCCCGGUAGGCAUUACGAUGUACCAACACGAGAAGAUGUAGAGGAAUAUUAUAAGAAAUGGCAAGAAGAGACUGACGCAGAAAAGAAGAAGAAGGUGUUCAUGGAAUUGAUGACAACAAAAGUAAACACAAGCAAGCUAGAUGAUUCUACCAUGGUCGUAGGAUUGCUGACACCCCCGGCUGCCAUGGCUGUGAAGAGGGUCGGCGAGACUGUCCCACAGAUUCGAGUGAUCAAGGCCAUUCCUGAUGUUAUCUUUGUGCCAUCUGCAACUUUGAUAGCACUAAUCUCAGUUAAGCUCUCCAAGAGGAUGUCUAUAAAGAAACACAUAACCUGAUCAACUGAUGAUGAU